AUGGCGAGGUUCAGCCGGCGCGUCCCUUGCACCCUGCUCCUCGGCCUGGCCGCGGUGCUGCUGAAGGCGAGGCUGGUCCCCGCGGCCGCCAGAGCCGAGCUCAGCCGCUCCGACCUCAGCCUCAUUCAGCAGCAGCAGCAGCGGCAGCGGGAGGAAGCCGAGGAAGAGAGGCCGGAGGUGCCCGGGGCAUCCUCCACAGUCGCCGCUCCAGUGUCUGUAUUUAUGCUGAAAGUCCAGGUGAAUGACAUCAUCAGUCGUCAGUACCUCAGUCAAGCAGUUGUAGAAGUGUUUGUAAACUACACAAAGACAAAUUCCACAGUAACUAGAAACAAUGGAGCAGUGUUGAUAAGAGUACCCUACAAGUUAGGACUCAGCUUGACCAUUAUUGCUUACAAAGAUGGCUACGUGUUGACACCUCUACCUUGGAAGACCAGAAGAAUGCCAAUAUAUUCAUCAGUUACACUUUCAUUGUUCCCACAAAACCAAGCAAAUAUAUGGCUAUUUGAAGACACUAUUUUAAUUACUGGAAAAUUAGCUGAUGCCAAAUCUCAACCAAGUGUUCAGUUUUCAAAAGCCUUAAUUAAACUACCCAACAACCAUCAUAUUAGCAAUGUUACAGGCUACCUUACAGUUCUACAACAGUUUUUGAAAGUGGAUAAUUUUCUGUAUACAACUGGCAUUACUCUCAAUAAGUCAGGUUUUGAAAGCAUUGAAUUAACUCCUCUUGCUGCAAUAUGUGUGAAAAUAUAUUCUGGAGGAAAAGAAUUAAAGGUGGAUGGCUCUAUUCAAAUUUCUCUUCCUCUUCUACAUACAAAUGAUGUGAGUGCAGGGGAUCACAUACCUGCCUGGACAUUUGAUAUGAACACAGGUGCGUGGGUAAAUCAUGGCCAGGGAAUGGUCAAGGAAUAUAACAGUCAUUUAAUUUGGACAUAUGAUGCACCACAUUUGGGCUACUGGAUAGCAGCUCCACUUCCAGGAGCUAGAGGGUCAGGUAUAAAUGGAGAUUCAAAGGACAUAACUGCCUACCACACAGUAUUUCUUACAGCCAUAUUAGGAGGAACAAUAGUCAUUGUCAUUGGAUUUUUUGCUGUACUUCUUUGUUAUUGCAGGGAUAAAUGUGGUACUCCACAGAAAAGAGAAAGAAAUACCACUAAACUUGAGGUCCUCAAGAGAGACCAGACAACUUCAACAACUCACAUAAAUCACAUCAGUUCAGUCAAAGUUGCAUUAAAGAAUGAGGACAAAUCACAGUUAUUCAAUGCCAAAAGCUCCUCGUACAGCCCUCCGAAAAAGGAAUCAUCCAAGGUGGAAGCAGAAGAAAGAGUUUCCAUGGUGAAAACUCGGGAUAAUUUAAAAAUCUACAACGAAGAUGUUUCGUUUCUGUCAGUUAAUCAAAAUAAUUACUCCAGAAACCCAGCACAGUCUUUGGAGCCCAGUGUAGGGUCCAAACAACUUAAACAUGUUAACAACAAUAUGUCUUCGUCUCUAGGUGAUACUCAAGAGGAAAAGAGGUAUCUCACAGGUAAUGAAGAGGCAUAUGGGCAUUCCCACAUUCCAGAACAGAUCAUGCACAUCUACAGCCAGCCCAUAGCCAUCCUUCAAACAUCUGACCUCUUCCCCACUCCAGAGCAGUUGCAUCCUGCUAAGUCAGCUACUCUGCCGAGAAAGGGACAGUUAGUCUAUGGCCAACUGAUGGAGCCAGUAAAUAGAGAGAACUUUACACAGACAUUACCGAAAAUGCCAAUGCAUUCUCAUGCCCAGCCCUCAGAUGCCAGGGAAGAGAAUAUCCCACUGGAAGGUCAACAGAGUUUGCCAUCCCAAACUUCAGAUUGGAGCCGGUAUUCAAACAGCCUCCUUGAAUCUGUUUCUGUCCCUGGAACACUAAAUGAAGCUGUUGUAAUGACUCCCUUUUCAUCAGAGCUUCAAGGAAUUUCAGAACAGACCCUCCUAGAACUGUCCAAAGGAAAGCCCUCCCCCCACCCCAGAGCCUGGUUUGUGUCUCUUGAUGGAAAGCCGGUCGCACAGGUGAGGCACUCCUUCAUAGACCUGAAAAAGGGCAAGAGAGCCCAGAGCAAUGACACGAGUCUGGACUCUGGGGUGGACAUGAAUGAGCACCACUCAAGUAGAAAACUGGAGAGGGAGAAAACGUUCAUCAAAAGCAUGCAUCAGCCUAAGAUCCUUUACUUAGAAGACUUAGACCUGAGCAGUAGUGAGAGUGGAACCACUGUCUGCUCUCCAGAGGACCCAGCUUUAAGGCACAUCCUAGAUGGAGGGAGUGGAGCUAUCAUGGAGCACCCUGGGGAAGAGUCCCCAGGAAGAAAAAGCACCGCUGAAGAUUUUGAAGCCAAUAUAUCCCCCACUAAAAAAAGGGGCAGACCACCACCACUAGCAAAGAGAGAUAGCAAAACUAACAUCUGGAAGAAGCGAGAAGAACGCCCACUGAUUCCCAUAAAUUAA